AAUGAACUGAAAAGUUCAGAACUUCGCUCGUUAACCGUUGGCUAAGAAUGCGAGUCUUCCUCAUCCUCGGCUCUUCCUCCGCUUCCAUUGCCGGACCUCGCCGCUACCGCCACAGCCACUGCAAAGCUCCCAAAUCGUCUCUAUCCAACCUAUCUCCUACCGGAACGCAUUUGCCGUUCUCUUCACACACCUCCACUCGCCAUUCCCCUCCAGCUCUUCUGUCCUCCGUUGAAUUGGACAUUGCCGGCGCCUCAUCCGGCGGAAGAAUUCCUAUCCAACACUAUGCCGGUGUCGCAUCGAAGCUCGCCGAGGGCGGGAAGCUUGAGGAUUUUGCAAUGGUGGUGGAAAGUGUGGUCGUCGCUGGUGUUGAGCCCUCGCAGUUCGGUGCGAUGUUGGCUGUUGAGCUUGUAGCGAAGGGGAUAUCGCGGUGUCUUAGAGAAGGAAAGGUAUGGAGUGUCGUGCAGGUCUUGAGGAAGGUCGAGGAGCUUGGGAUUUCGGUUUUGGAGCUUUGUGACGAGCCUGCCGUAGAAUCGCUGAGGAGAGAUUGUCGCCGUAUGGCCAAGUCUGGAGAAUUAGAAGAACUUGUCGAGUUGAUGGAGGUUCUUUCCGGUUUUGGUUUCUCAGUCAGAGAAAUGAUGAAGCCGUCCGAAGUAAUUAAACUGUGUGUUGAUUACCGUAAUCCUAAAAUGGCAAUUAGGUAUGCUAGCAUUUUACCACAUGCAGAUAUAUUGUUCUGUACAACUAUAAAUGAAUUUGGAAAGAAAAGGGACUUGAAAUCUGCUUACAUAGCAUAUACAGAAUCCAAGGCUAAUAUGAAUGGUUCUAAUAUGUACAUCUACCGCACAAUAAUUGAUGUGUGUGGUCUCUGUGGCGACUACAAGAAAUCGAGGAACAUCUAUCAGGAUUUGGUCAAUCAGAAUGUCAUCCCGAAUAUAUUCGUUUUCAACAGUCUCAUGAAUGUAAAUGCCCAUGAUUUGAACUACACAUUUCAACUAUACAAAAAUAUGCAGAAUCUUGGUGUACCAGCUGAUAUGGCCUCGUAUAAUAUCCUUCUCAAGGCCUGUUGUUUAGCAGGAAGAGUUGAUUUGGCUCAGGACAUUUACAGGGAAGUAAAGCAUUUGGAAACAACAGGUGUGUUGAAGUUGGAUGUCUUCACCUACAGCACAAUUGUAAAGGUUUUUGCAGAUGCAAAAUUGUGGAAAAUGGCACUUAGAGUCAAAGAAGACAUGCAAUCAGCUGGAGUCUCCCCAAAUAUGGUGACCUGGUCUUCGUUGAUAAGUUCAUGUGCUAAUUCGGGUCUUGUUGAGCUGGCUAUCCAAUUGUUUGAAGAGAUGGUUUCAGCAGGCUGUGAACCUAAUACUCAGUGUUGUAAUACCCUAUUACAUGCUUGUGUCGAAGGUCGCCAGUUUGAUAGAGCUUUUCGUCUAUUUCGCUCCUGGAAGGAGAAGGAACUCUGGGAUGGUAUAGAAAGAAAAAGUAGCACCGACAAUAAUUUGGAUGCAGAUUCAACAUCUCAAUUGUGUAAUACGAAAAUGCCUAAUGCUCCAUCUCAUGUACAUCAAAUCAGCUUUGUAGGGAAUUUUGCUUUUAAACCCACAAUUACAACAUAUAACAUUCUAAUGAAGGCUUGUGGUACUGAUUACUACCAUGCUAAAGCUUUGAUGGAGGAGAUGAAAAGUGUUGGACUUACGCCCAAUCACAUUAGCUGGUCAAUUUUGGUUGACAUAUGUGGACGAUCUCAUGAUGUGGAAAGCGCUGUACAGAUCUUGACAACUAUGCGAAUGGCCGGUGUCGAUCCUGAUGUUGUUGCAUACACGACAGCUAUCAAGGUUUGCGUUGAAGGUAAAAACUGGAAGCUGGCAUUUUCAUUAUUUGAAGAAAUGAAAAGAUUUGAGAUACAGCCAAAUUUAGUGACCUAUAGUACACUUCUCAGAGCCCGCAGUACGUAUGGUUCAUUACACGAAGUUCAGCAAUGCCUUGCUAUAUAUCAGGACAUGAGGAAAUCAGGGUUCAAAUCCAAUGAUCAUUAUCUCAAAGAGUUGAUUGCGGAGUGGUGUGAAGGAGUUAUACAGAAAAACAAUCAGCAGCCAGUUGAGAUAACUCCCUGCAACAAAAUUGACAUUGGGAAACCACGAUGUUUGAUUCUUGAAAAAGUUGCCGACCAUCUGCAGAAGAGCUUUGCCGAAAGCCUUACAAUUGAUCUUCAGGAGCUAACAAAGGUUGAAGCUCGAAUAGUUGUUCUUGCAGUUUUACGAAUGAUCAAGGAAAAUUAUGCAUUAGGAGAAUCAGUAAAAGAUGAUAUAUUCAUCAUCUUAGAAGUGAAUAAAGUUGAAACAGAUUUAGUUCCACAGAACUUCGAGGUGAGAGAUGCAAUAACCAGACUCUUGCAAGAUGAAUUAGGGCUUGAGGUUCUUCCUACAGGACCUACAAUUGCUCUUGAUAAAGUACCAAAUUCAGAAAGCUCAAAAAUUUCUCAUACAACAAAACUGAAGGGAACUAUGGGAAGGAAUAAGUACUUCACUAGGAAACCAGCAGAUGUACAGAGGCUAAAAGUCACCAAGAAAUCACUCCAAGAUUGGCUGCAAAGAAAUAGGUAAUAGUAGAAAAUGCAAAACUCCCACAAUGAUUUUUUGUUUAAGAUAUAACGAUGAUGUUCAAUAUCUUGUAAUUACUUUUCUUUUCCUGUAUAGCAGUAUAAGUAAUCUUACUCCAUGGUCUCUCUUGUAAA